CUGCUGUGUCUGACUGCUAAUUACAGCAAACAUGUCGACUAACCAGGAGUUUGACUGCGUAGUGAUCGGAGCCGGGGUCCAGGGCUCCUUCACGGCAUAUCAGCUGGCUAAACACAAGCAGAAGACUUUGCUGCUGGAGCAGUUCAUCCUGCCCCACACCCGAGGAAGCUCCCAUGGUCAGACCCGUAUCAUCCGCAAGGCCUAUGACGAGGACUUCUACGUCAACAUGAUGGACGAGUCCUAUGAGCUGUGGGCUCAGCUGGAGAGGGAGGCGGGUGUCAAACUGUACAGACAAACAGGACUCCUGGUUAUGGGACCAGAGAAGAGUCACUAUUACGAGCAAGUCAAGAACACCCUGCAGAGGAACAAGGUUCCUAUGGUCACCCUCACCUCUGACAACUUCAACCAGCACAUCCCCCAUGUCAAACUGACUGAGGGAAAUGGAGCAGUAGUGGAAGUGACAGCUGGAGUUCUGUACGCUGACCGUGCACUCAAAGCUGUACAGGCACAGUUUCAGAAGCUGGGUGGGGUGAUAAGAGACAAUGAGAUGGUAAUGGACAUCAAGCCAGGCCCUAUUGUCACAGUGUCAACAUCUGCUGGUGUUUAUCGAGCCAAGAGAGUGGUGAUCACCGCUGGACCCUGGGCUAAUAGGCUGCUGGCCCACACUGGCUUGCAGUUGCCCCUAGAGGUGGUGAAGAUCAACGUAUGCUACUGGAAGGAGAAGGUUCCAGGAUCCUACGAUGUAAGGCGGCGUUUUCCCUGCUUCAUACUUACUGAGAGUCAAGAGUCUAAAGAGCACAUCUAUGGCCUUCCAUCGAAUGAAUAUCCCGGGCUUGUGAAGAUUUGUUACCAUACAGGCAGCAAGGCAGACCCAGACCAGAGAGACCAGCAGACUGACAGAUCCGAUAUCAACAUCCUCCAGCGCUGCGUUAAGCACUGUUUUCCUGGCCUGAUCCCUGAACCUGCUGUAGUGGAGAGCUGCCUGUAUACGCUAACACCUGAUCGUCAUUUUGUGCUGGACUGCCACCCCACCUACAGUAACAUUGUGAUUGGAGCGGGUUUCUCAGGUCAUGGCUUCAAAUUUGGACCAAUCAUGGGCAAGCUUCUGUGUGAACUCAGCCUGGGAGAGGUGCCCUCCUAUGACCUUUCACCUUUCCGAAUCAGACGCUUUCAGGCAAAGAGCAAAUCAGCUUUAUAGAGCUGGGACUGGAUACUCAAGUCUUUCCUAAUUACAGCAGUUGCAUGUUUUGAGUUUAUUGUGGUAAUCUCGCACUAAACAGAAGCACACAGUGAAUAUAGUUUUGCUUGCUGCUUUUUUGAUAGUAAUUUUUUGUUGCCAGUUUAACUGUGUAAUCUGCUAUGUAGCUGUAAAGCAUCAUGAAAUCCUUCAUUGUGUUCAUAUUAGCUGGCCUUCUGCUGUAAUCUGAAUUUUCUGAAGAAAAAGUUUAACAUUUUAGAAAACAGGUUCUCUAGGUAUGAGAAAGAUGAGAAAAUUGACCAGUAAUGUCUUAGCAAAACACCUGAAAAGACCAUGGGAACUGUUAGCCUUUGUCUGAAUUUUAAAAGCUAUGAAACACUGUGCCAAAACGGGAAGUUGUGGAGUCUUGUGAAGUUGGUUUUGCACAGAACACUACACUACCUCUUUAAACUGUCUUUAUAAGAUUUCAACAGAGAUACAUUUAUAGUAGUUAAUAGUACUACAGACUGAGGCUUGCUUCCCCCCCCCACCCCUCCGUGUCCAGUUUUUAUACUAGGCUUAGACACAAUUACCAUACAGAAUCAUCUAACUCUGGCCAAAAGAGCAAAUAAACACAUUUUCCCUUUCUUCUAACAUCACAUAUAGGUGAAACCUAGUUUGUGUAAUACACAAAUACACAUAGCCAUGUUUCAUGCUAAAUCUCUUUACAUUUAUGCAUGUGCUGAGCAAAACCUUGACACAAAAAAAUGAUUACUGUAACACCAAGACAGCAGGAUGAAAGCAAAAUAUGCUUAUUAUGUGAAGUGUCCUGAGAUGACUUAUGUUGAUAUUUGGUUGAUAAAUAAACUGAACUGAAUAAAAUUGUA